AUGACAACCCAUGCUGAUCCCACUCCAAUGGAAAUCGACUGCAGCGAGCCACCUACUGGUGUGGACCACUGCCCCGAGUCACCUGGAAAGAGCGAUUCUGGGAAGAGUGACAUCAGUACCGUCUCCUACACUGAUGACUUCGAGACGCUACCUUCAAGUGGUCCGACUAGUCAUGCACACAUCAUCGACCUCGUCGAGUACGCUGUAUCCAUGAAGGAAGAAGGGCCGCUCAAACUCCAGGAUGCGAUCGUCACUACUCUCUUCAACGCUUCCCCAGCCACGCUUGGUUCGUUUGUCAGUCCUACAGUCAACACCUUCAAGGCUGUGUUCGGUACGAAGGAUGUCCAGUUGGUCAUCUGGCGCAAGGGUCUCGAGGUAUUCAUCGGCACCUUUGAGCACCACAAGUCGAUGAAAUCAUAUCGCUUCGCGCACGUCGCCGGCUUUUUAAUCGGUUACGAUGGAUCUUGGCAUCUGAAGGUCACCGCUAGUAACGCAUACUCUGCGCCGAAAUGGCCGGAUGUGUGGGCUGGCAAGUUCGAGUGUCGUGGCGGCAUUGCGAAGAUGACGAUUGAGAACAAGGAGAUGGAUACGGCGAAGCGAGCCUCGGCUUUGGCGUCUGCGGUGAUCGGCGGAAAGUACUGGGAGCUCAAGUCUGAUAUCAAGAUGACUUAA